UUCUAUUUUAAAGACACAAAAAAACUAAUAGCAGGCGCAUUUACCAUUUUCGUAGCCCCCAAGAAGACCAUCCAUCCAUCCAUCCAUCCAAUUCCUAGGAAAACGCAAAAGUUACUCCCUACAUAACAAUUUACACACACUUCUCUCUUUCUCAUCUCCAUUUCCCUCAACGUUCAAAACUCAUCCUUCAUUUCCUUCCCCUGCAUUCAUUCAUCCUCAAAACCCAGAAAUACUUUUCAAAAUGCACGCAAAAACAGACUCAGAUGUAACAAGCAUGGCAACAAUUACCCCUCCAAGAUCACCAACUUCUAGACCCACAAGACCCCUUUACUACGUUGAAUCUCCUUCACAUUCCCAACAAGAUUUAGACAAAUUCUCUUAUGGAACACUCACUCCUCUUGCUUCUCCUACUCGACAACAUUACCAUUGUUCUCCUAUUCAUCAUUCCAGAGAAUCUUCCACUUCUAGAUUCUUCUCUUCUUCGUCUCUUAAACAGCAGUAUCACCGUAGUGGUGGGUGGAGAAGGAUUUAUGGGGGUAGGAGAUUGGAUUAUUCUGGUGCUGUCGAUGAACCCAGAAAUGGUGAUUUGGGUCGAGAUAAUGAUGAUGAAGAUGGUGAUGGAGAAGGGCCUUCUAAAAGGUUUUAUGUUGCCUGUUUUUUGGUGUCGUUUUUUGGUUUGUUUAGUUUGUUCUCAUUGAUUCUUUGGGGUGCUAGCAAGUCUUUUCAUCCUCAUGUUAUAGUCAAGAACAUGGUGUUUCUGGAUUUUACAAUACAAGCAGGAAUGGAUAGCACAGGAGUGCCGACAGAUAUGCUGUCAGUAAAUUCAACGGUAAAGAUAUCAUACAGAAACCCUGCCACAUUUUUUGGAGUUCAUGUCACUUCAACUCCUCUUCAAUUGUCCUACUUUCAACUAAAUGUUGCUUCCGGUCAGAUGAAGAAGUUUUACCAGAAAAGGAGGAGUCAUUCAAACAUUACCACAGUAGUUCAUGGACAUCAAAUCCCUCUCUAUGGCGGAAUGUCGGUUGUAUUGAAUGCAAGGACAGUAGGUAACAACUUGCAUACUGAAAAACUGAAUGUAGGACUGAAUUUAACAUUCACUGUCCGAUCAAGAGCUUACAUUUUAGGGAGACUUGUUAAAUCCAAGUUCUACAAACAUGUUAGAUGCCCUGUUUCUUUCCGUGGCACUCACCUCGGAAUCGACUGUAUCGAUGUCCAGAGGAAGAUUCAUGGAGUUGAGUAAGAACCCAAAUGGUGUAGAGUUGCCAUAUGAAUGCAAUUGAUAACCAUGCAAUUCCCCAAGCCCUGAAAACAAUAUCACAUAAAUAAAAUUGUUUAUCAGAACGAUAAUGGAUUUAGAAUAAUUUUGAUUGUUGAGGUUCUCGAUUGAUUAAUAAAUUUAUAAUUAUAAAGAAAUUAAAUUUGUAAAUAAGAUCCACACAAGAAAAAAAAUUGAAUGCAACUUUUUAAUUAUACCUUUUCUUUUGAAUCACUUCUCAUCAAUUCUCCUAUAUAAAUGCAACUUAAUACAAGAAUUAGCAAAAUUUCCACAAAUUCUUAAGUGAGAUGGUUUCUCUGUGAGACAUUUUUCAUAUAUGUGCUAAAUAAUCCAACUGAUAUAAUUACUAGCAUAUGUAUCUCUUAUUUUAAAAUUGUCUCACUGAAAGAGGGUCUUUUACAAAAAGAAGCUAGUAUACAAAAAGAAGCUAAAUAAUCCACCAGUUAGUACUACUAAUCAAACGGACCGUUAAUGUAUCCCCAAAUAAAUAAGGUCCCUCAAAAAGAAAAAUAAGUGAUACUCAUUAAAACUGUAAGUGAGUCAAAACAAUUAAAAGUAAAUUACCAGCCAAGAGUAGCAAAAGCCAGAGGAAGAACAAGAGACUGAAUUCCAAGCCCAGAAGAAACCAAAUGGAAUAUACAAAAAUACAAAUUUCCCUUCCUUGAUUCUGUUAUUGGAAGCCAUGCUUCUAUUGGAUUACUGCUUAUUUCUUCUUCUUUAUUAUUGACAAUGUUAUUAGUUUUAGUUUCACUAUGAUCUCCCUGAUGAUCAUAAUCAUGAUGACUUUCAAAUUCUUCUUCUAAAGGAUUAAUUCUAAUACUCUUAUUAAUACUAUCAUUAAUUAUUGAAAUGGGUAAAAAAUCUAUUGAUGAUGAUGAUGAUGAUGAUGAUUUCAAACAAGCUACAAUAUUCUCUUUUUGUUUCUCCUCUUGAAUUAAUUGUGCAAGAGUUUUUUCCCAUUUAUUGGAUUUUUCCAUUUUUAUUUUCUCUAUUUUUAUGUGUGAAUUUCUCUCUAUUCUUACUCUUUUGGUAGCUUUUAAUUUCUUUGGUUAUGAACUAAUCCAUGGUUAUAUAUAGAUACAAGAGGGUAAAAGCUAGCCUUGAUAUGUCCCAAAUAUGACAUCAUCUUGAAUUCAACCCAUGAUGUAAUAUGUGAUGACUAGCUCUUAUACUCUUGCUAACUUAUCAUAAGUGACCUGCAUUGUUCAAGUAUUUGGCAAUUCCAUUGAUUGUUGGCAGGGUCGACCUUAGGUUUUUAAAGGUCUGAGACGAAAGAUUAUAUAUGGGCCCCUAAAUUAUUGUAUAUAUAUAAAAAAGUUUAAAUCUUAGUGCUACUUGAAAACUAAAAUUUUUUACUGAGUCCUUAACAUAAAUACGACUUGCACUUUUUUAGGGCUGGCCCUAAUUGUUGGUUGUUGAAUGAAUUAAUAAAUUGAAUAUUCAUAAAGUAUUUUCGUCUAAUCUAGUAUAGGGAAUAGGGAUGCAAUUGGGUUUAUCCGCUGGACUGCUAAGAACUUUGGUCCAUCAUUUUGUGAAUGUCUUUGUGGACUUGAUUUUACCAAAGAUGAUGAAAGUCCUUCAUGCUUAAGAGUGAACAUUUUCUAUUUUACGUUGUGUUGAAUUCUUGAUAAAAGCACAGAGAAAAUGAAAGAAUAGAUUGUUGUAUUGAUUUUUAAAUUGUACAACUUACAUUCGGAUUAUGAGGAUACAAUAAAUAU